UUCAUGUUUCUUAAUUUUAUUUAUAUAUUUAUUUUAUCUUUAAUUUUUAUUUUUUCGGAGCUGAAUUUUUAACAUGAAAACCGGAAGUUGGAUAAUUUCCGUGAUUUUCCUGCUGUCUCCGUGUGUUUGUGGCAUCGACCCUGCACAGAUUAACCCUCUGGUUUACGAGGAGAAGCUGCUGUGGGUGAGCGGAGUCCAGGGCCAAGUCAGCGCCUACAGGAUCCCCCUCAUCACCUUCACCCCUAAAGGGAGCCUGCUGGCCUUCAGCGAGGCCAGGAAGUUGUCGUCCAAUGACGUCGGAGCGAAGUUCAUCGCGUUGAGACGCUCCACGAACAAAGGAAACACCUGGUCUCCGACCGCCUUCAUAGUGGACGAUGAGUACCGUGCGGACGGCCUGAACCUGGGCUCGGUGGUGGUGGACGAGGAAACCGGCUCCAUCAUCCUGAUCUACUCCCUCUGCUUCCACCUGUACCACUGCAGCCCGGCCAGCACCAUGAUGGUGGAGAGCGUGGACGACGGCCUGAGCUGGAGCGUUCCCAGAAACCUCUCGGUCCAGCUGGGAACUAAAGCUUUCCUGGCCGGGCCGGGCUUCGGCAUCCAGAAACACCUCCAACCAGCAAAGGGGAGGCUGGUGGUCUGUGGCCACGGGACGAUCGAGGGAGACGGCGUUUUCUGCAUCCUGAGCGACGACCACGGUAAGAGCUGGUACAACGGAGCGGCGCUGAAGAGCAUCCCUUACAACCAGCCGAAGAAACCUCUGGACUUCAACCCUGAUGAGUGCCAGCCGGUAGAGUUGCCGGACGGCAGCAUCCUGAUCAAUGUGCGGAACCAGAACAACUACCACUGUCGCUGUCGCAUCGUGAGCCGCAGCCUGGACGGAGGCCUGACCCUCCCCAUGGACGAGCUGUUUUUCGACACCAAUUUAGUGGAUCCGGUUGUAGCAGCCGGAGCGCUGCAGAAGGAUGGCGUGCUCUACUUCUCCAACCCUUCCCACUACCAAAACAGAGUGAAUCUAACGCUACGCUGGUCAUUCACAAACGGGAAGUCUUGGGAAAACAAAGCCGUCCAGAUAUGGGAAGGACCGAGUGCUUAUUCCUGCAUCACAUCGUUCAACAGCGGUUCUGUAGAAGAUGAAAAGUACAUCUACGCCAUCUACGAAAAAGGCCACAAGGACUACUGGGAGACCAUCUCCUUCGUUAAGAUCCACCUGUUCGGUGGCCAGUAGAGAACCGGAUCAGGCAUGAGAUUUUAACCUUAAAUGGAAACAGAAACUGAAGUUUACUUUCAGACCAUUGGCUUUUUUUCUGCAUAAAUCACCCUGAAAACAAAGACUUCACCGUGAAUUUCCAGCUCUUUAUGUUCGAUCGAUGGUACCGAAACAAUGAUUGUGCAUCUUUACUUUAAAUUAUUUUAAAUCCAAAUUUUAACUUUGUGUUUCUUCUGGUCAUUUUUAAACCCUUUGCUUAGAAGAAAAAAACAACUGAAAUCAGGAAAUUAUGCAGAAAAAUAAAAUAAAAGGAUUUGUUUGGACACUACAGUCAUGCCAUGAACCAUAUAAGCUUUUAAACGCCCACCCAGAGACAUUUAGCCCACUCAUGACAGGGAAAGUAUUUUUAUGAUCGCUUAAUAAACUCGAGAAGUGCCAACAGUUUAAUGUUGCCCUCAAGCUGUGCCUUUGAUGUCUUUGUGUUUUGUUUUUGAUUACAAUAUGAGAGGUGGAGUUUAUAAUCACUCUUUAUGCAGACAAUAUUCGAAUCUUUUUAAUGAGGUCUCAGUUUGAUACAAAUAUACAAAGUAUCCCAUUUCCAUUUUCUUGCAUAUUUUGCACUAACACUGUUUGUCCUGCUAUCUGUGUAUCUGUAAUAUUUGUCACUUUCUCAGGGAAUAAAUUAAAUUGAGUUMAAUCUCAGGUUAAGCUGUUGUAAGAAAAAUACGUGUUAAUACAAGUGAAGUCAAGAUGAAAACACAAUUGUUAAAUAAAACGAUUUGUGUACGGAAUAAAGUCAUACAACACCAGAAUUCUGGAYCUGAGUGAGGUUUAUUGUCACCGGGCUGACAAGCUAAACCACACUGACUAAAAAUCAGGAAGUACAUGUUUUUAUACACGAUUCUUCAAUGCCUGAGUUCGCCCCCUACUGACCUACGGCUGAAUCACAGGCAUUAAUCCAAUAAACUCAACCUAAUGUUAUCAUUUGGUUCACUUAUGUGUUGUUUAUGAUUCAGACAUGUAACUACUCUAUAUCAAUAAAUCACACAUAAAAAUAUUAUAAAAAGGAAACCCUAAUAAUCUAGUGUUUCUAACAUCAGUACUAAUCUGUAAUUACUAUGAAUUUCUUCACUGUCAUGCAAGUCUUUUCCUGCUUUGUGACUGAUUUAUCUCUGCUGGCCUUUUUCUAUUUCUAUUUAUUUUCAGGAUCCAUGUAUUAUUCAAGUACGUAUUCAUUUAAGAAGCUUUAGUAGCUUUUACACGAUGUAUGUUCUCUUCUGAAUGCAGCAAAGACAGAUUUACACAGAUCWAUGUCCUUUGUUCCUUAUUUUUUUAAAUGCUUAAACUUUUUACUGUUUUGUCCAGUUUUCUGCACUACUAUUUGUAAGGGGUUUUGGUGUGCAAUAAAGAUWUUUAUUUUAUUUUAAAGUCCUUAAAAGCACACGUUAGUUAUGAUUAUUUGCUUUUGUUUUGAAAAUAUUACAUGUUCCUGUUUUUAAGGUUGAUAUUUUUGUUGAUAACAUAAAGUGAAGUCUAGCAAAUGUUAUGCAUACUUGCUUUUGAAGAAGAAUAAAAACAGGAAGUGAUUAAUA